CAAAAAGUAGUUCUCAGCAAUCUGACGGGAAAUGGAGUUAAUGAAAUACGGUUCCCUCUUAGUGUUCGUCUCAGCAUGUUUUGGCUGCGAUCCUUCACCAAAGGUUCAACAAGAUGAUUUUUGUUACGCAAACUUUGUUUUUGAAGCAAAAAUAACAUCCCGUAAUAUUGGUGAGCUCAAUAUUGAGUAUGGGUUUGACGUACAGGCCAUCUAUAAGGGGACAGCAGAUAACAUUCCAUCGACACUUGUCGGCGAUGGAUAUUUCAUGUCCUGCGGACCACAGGAGCUCAAAGUGAACACAUUCUACCUAAUAUUUGCAAAACAUCAAAGUGAUGGUGCAUUUCAAAUUGUCAACUAUUAUAACAUGGCCAAUGUUAAAAACACUGAUAUUGAGCGCAUAACGACAAAAUAUGACUGCGGUUGCAUUAUAAACAUCGAUGAUUCUUUAUACGGAUAUGUGCCAGGUGCGCCAAAAUUCAAGCCAUCAAAGGAAGCGUGUAUUGCCCCAGCAAACUAUUGUCCAAGAAGUGGGUUCUGUCGAAAGAAUUCUGAUGGGGCCUGCACAUGGGGGAACCAUGGUGAAUGUUACUAAGGCGAGAAACUCCCAACAAGUCUUUGAUCAGCAAUAAAAUAUAACGAAAAUCAAA